AUCCCACCGACCGAAUCCCCCAACGCCGGCCGCAUUCGAAAAAGCUUCCUCGUCCAAAAACCCCAAACCCGGCCCAUCUGCUCUUGGCGAGAGAGGUUGCGGCUCGGACGAGAUGGCGGCGAGCAACAUCGGGAUGAUGGACGGCGCCUACUUCGUAGGGCGCAACGAGAUCCUCGCCUGGAUCAACACCACGCUGCAGCUCGGCAUCGCCAAGGUCGAGGAGGCGGCGUCGGGCGCGGUGGCGUGCCAGCUGAUGGAUGCAGCGCACCCAGGGGCGGUGCCCAUGCACAAGGUCAACUUCGACGCCAAGAACGAGUACGACAUGAUUCAGAAUUACAAGGUCCUGCAGGAUGUGUUCAACAAACUCAAGAUCACCAAGCACAUCGAAGUCAAUAAGCUCAUCAAAGGAAGACCCCUAGACAACCUGGAGUUCAUGCAAUGGAUGAAAAGAUACUGUGAUUCUGUUAAUGGAGGAUCCAUGAGCAGCUAUAACGCCUCUGAGAGAAGAGAAAGCAGCAAAGGUGGAAAGGAGACCAACAGAAGGACGUCAGUGACUUCUCAAGCUCCUGCCAAGUCUGCACCCGCCACCCACAAAGGUCAGACGUCCCACGGCGCUAAAAGGGCCAAUGUGCAUGCAGGGAAUGCCCCACAGCGCAAUGCAAAGCCAGCACUUUCUAACUCUGCAGGGCCAGUUUAUGAUGCACAGAUGACUGAACUGAAGCUCCUUGUCGAUAGUGCUGAGAAAGAAAGAGAUUUCUAUUUCUCCAAGCUCCGGGAUGUUGAGAUCUUGUGCCAAAGUCCUGAAGUUGAGCACUUGCCAAUCGUCAAGGCUAUCCAGAAGAUACUUUACGCAUCAGAGGACGACCCCUCGACUGUGGCAGAAGCUCAUGCGGAAAUGUUGGCACAGCAGAACCAGCAGCAGCAGCAGCCGAUGCUGAGCCCCAUCCUGGAGGCAUCCGAGGUCCCAAGCUCCACUUCCAGGGAGGCGUCCGAGGAGAUCUCGAGGCAGGAGGCGGCGCACAAGAGGAAGAGCGUCUCAGACCUGGAGGAGUUUGAGAUGGGGUCGAGCUCCAGGCUGAGGCUCUCAGACGUCUCAGACGUGCAGCUGUGCGGAUCCCCAUUGAUGAGCUUCACCUGAAACUCCUGGCUGAGGCUAUCAGACGUCUAGGAGUGCAGCUCUGCAGAUCCUCAUCGAUGGGCUUCACCUGAAAGGAGGAACGAUUGGGUUUUUGGAUGUUGCAAGGUGGUCAUUGCUGGUUAUGACUUGUGGGUUUUUUUGGAUGUGGGAUUGCUACUUGUGUUGGCUUGGAACGUUGCUUUUGUGGUUUCAUCUGUUGUAUGGUGGGGUAAUCUGCGUGCUCUUGUGCAACUGGAUGUGGUGGUGCCUUUGACUCUGAUAUGUCACAACAUUUGUGGCCUUGUGCAACAUAUUAUUAUGGAAGUGAUCUAUGAUUCUUCUGCAA